UUUGGAAGUGGAACCCCAUCUCAUCUGCACAUCUGUCGCAUUUCCCCUAUCUCGCAUUUUCACUCUGGGUCCUUCACCGUCUUCUUCAAGCCACCACUCUCUCUCUCUCUCUCUCUCUCAGCUGCUCAUUGUAUCCAUCUUAUUGAACCUUUCCUCUUCUUCAGCCAUUUUGUUUUCGGGUUCCAUCACUACAGCCUUCCUCUUCUUCAGUUCAUUUCGUUAACUUUCAUUUCUCUACAAAGAGGAAGGAAAGAAAAUCAGAAAGAAGUCCAAAAGGGGGAAAAUGGCGGAUAUUGUUCUGUCUGUAGCUUCCAAAGUGGCAGAGUACCUGGUGGCUCCGGUCGGUCGUCAAUGUGGCUACGUGAUAUUCACCAAUAGCUAUGUUGGCGAACUUAAGGAAGAAGUUGACCAGCUGGAAAACGCGAGGAGAAAGGGUGCAACAUUCCGUCGAUGAAGCUCGAAACAACAUGAAGCCGAUCGAAGCUGACGUCGAGGAAUGGGUGAAAAAUGCGGAGACUGUCGCCAACAAGGUGCGCGACAUGCUGGAUUACGAUGGAAGAGCCAAGAAAACUUGCUUCUGGGGGUGGCUUCCCAACCCAAAGGAACGUCAUCGUCUCGGCAAAGAGGCGAGCAGGAUGAUCCAGGCCAUCCAGGCACUCAUUGCGGCGGGGUCAAUUCGAGAGGGUCUACUUCGAGAAUCCUCCACCGGGGCUUGUUGGCGGCGCUCCUAACGUGAAUUUGUCGGCUGGUGAUGGGGACGACACUGUCACCGAUUCUCGAGCUUCCAUCUUUCAGGGCAUAAUGAAAGCUCUGGAUGAUGAGAAGCUAAAAGUGAUUGGGGUCUACGGGCCUGGCGGCGUGGGGAAGACUACGUUGUUGGAGGAAGUCGAGAAGAAACUCAGGAAAGAGGGGAGACCGUUCCACAUGAUUGCCAAAGCAAAAGUAUCGCAGACUUCGGACUUGAAGAAAAUCCAAGAUGAUAUCGCUUACGCCUUCAGCCUUAAUUUGAAGGAUGAGCCGAGCGAAGAGGGAAGAAGAGACCUUCUGUUUCGAAAAAUACAGAGCGAUCCGACGAAGAAUGUUCUCAUAAUAUUGGACGAUCUGUGGGAUAAACUUGAUUUGAAGGCAGUCGGAAUUCCUUUGGGAGACGAGAGCAGGGGAUGCAAGUUGCUUCUAUCAUCGAGAUUUAAAGAUGUGCUGGAGCAAAAGAUGCGUGCCGAUCGAACAUUUCGCCUUGAAGGUUUAAACGACGGAGAAGCUUUCAGGCUAUUUGAAAAGACAGUCGGCAACAAGCUCCAAGAUGAGGAGGAAUUGAAACCAAUAGCAGAUGAAGUGGUGAAGAAGCUCGCAGGUUUGCCUCUUUUGAUUAUCUCUGUCGCAAGCACUUUGAAAUAUAGCAAUGUGUCCGCGUGGAGAAAUGCGCUGAUUAAAAUAGAUGAGUCAAAUAUAGGAACCAUAGUGAAGUUGAGUUACGACCAUUUGAAGAGCGAGGACGCCAAGUCCUUAUUCUUGCUCUGCGGUCUUAUUGGCGGGACCAUUCGAGUCGAAAUUCUGUUGGUACUAGGCAUGGGUUUGGGCUUGUUUGAGGGGUUCAAAAAGACGAUGCUAGGUGCAAGGGAUAGAUUGAGUACUACACUCGAUGAACUCCGUUCCGCUUGUUUGUUAUUGAACGGUGGCGAUGACGAGGAAAAUGUGACCAUACAUGAUCUUUACAGCGAGGUGGUCAUCUCAACUCCAUUUCGAGGUCAGAAUUCCUUAAUCAUGAACAACAAUUCAUGGUUAGAGGAAAAGCUUGAGAAAUGUUGGGCAAUAUGCCUAACGGAUGUCGGCAGUGAUAGGCUUGUUGAACUAAUGCGGCAUGGGUUUCCCGACUUGAAGAUACUCAUGUUGUCUCAACCAAAAGACGGGCGGGGGAGGCCUGCACACCGACACGUGGGAGAUUGUUGUAGACUAGAUUUCACAAUCAUGAAGGAGCUCCGAGUCCUAUAUCUUCGCUCCAUGCAUAUCCCCACUUUGCCUUCCACGAUCAAAAUCCUCGAGAACCUUCGGUCGUUAUAUUUACAUCGUUGCAAUGUGGAGGAUGUGGCAAUUCUUGGCAAGCUCAAAGCAUUGCAGAUUCUUAGCUUUGCAGGGUCCGAAAUUUCUAAGCUCCCUAAAGAAAUUGGGGAACUUACGAGUCUGAGAUCGUUGAAUCUGAGCGAGUGCUACAUGCUUAGGAUAAUCGAACCCGGUGCCCUGAAAGGCUUAAUCAACUUGGAAGAGUUAUAUAUGAAGGGAAGCUUUGAUCGAUGGAUGGGCAAGGAUGAAAUAUCGUUGGAACCGUGUAAUGCUAGGCUUGCCGAGCUGAAAAACUUGACAAAGCUAACCGCUCUGGAAAUAUCAAUCCGUGAUCCCACCACACUCUUGGAGGCUGGUGACCUACCAUUUGGGAACCUGAUCAGAUUUUGGUUCAAGAUAGGACAUUUUGCUCACUGGACGGAAUAUAAAGGUUUGAGAACCAUGAGGCUCAAUUUAGAAGGGUGCGGUAGUAUUCUUUCAAAAGAAUGGGUUCAGAGAACUCUACAUAAGACUCAAUACUUGUAUUUGGAGGGGUUGAGAGAGUCCAUGGAGAAUGCUCAAGCGCUGUGCAGUGCUCACGAGUUGUGCACCCAAGGAUUUCCACAACUGAAGCGUCUCGUAAUUCGGAACAGCCCCUCAAUCGAGUAUAUUGCCAGUUCAUCCGGUGGCAUCCCUCUCAUUGCUUUUCCGAGUUUAGAGUCUUUGUUCCUCUUUGAUCUUAUUAAUCUGGAGAAGAUAUGCCAUGGCCCUGUCGCCCCAGAGUGCUUGAGCAAAUUGAAAGCCGUGACAAUCUCAAGUUGCAACCGAUUGAAAUACUUGUGGCGUCUUCCACAUACGCAAAGAUUUGUACAGCUGGAAAAGAUUGAACUAUGGGGAUGCGAAUCCAUGCGAGCCAUUGUCGUAGACGAUGCAAGAGCAGAUAUAGUCGGUGAUGACAUAGUUGAGUUGCCUAAUUUACGUCGUCUGAAAUUGAGUUACUUACGAAGAAUGACGAGCUUUUGCAUCGGAGCUGGAAUCGCAUUAGAGGGUGCUCCAAUUCAGGUUAGUUUACCAAGCUUGGAGGAGUUAAAUAUUAACUCAAUGGGAUCCUUCAAAAGGAUAUGGCACGAUGAACUCCCCAAAGGUUCCUUCUGCAUAUUAGCCACCCUCUCCCUUAUUUACAUUGCUUUGAGCUACUCAACGUCUUCCCUUCCACAAUCAUAGGGAGAUUGCACAACCUGAAAAGGGUCAAAGUUUUUGGCUGUCCCUCCUUGGAAUCGUUGUUCGAUUAUGGGUCCCUUGAUUCAAAUAUGGAACAAACAAGUGUAUUGCUCC